AUGGUUCUUCGAAGCAAUAGUCUGGCUACCAAAGCAAUCGAGCUCUACCUCAAGCAGGUCGGUGGCUCUUACUUGAAAUCUGCCUUGGGUGACUUUGUCACUUCAGUGCUGACUCAAACAGCAUCUACUAAAGUAGCCAAUGACAGUACGUCUCCCAAUUCGGAAACAUCUCCACCUUUCCGUGCGAAGGAAAAACGCACUCCUCAUGGCCGCAUGCGGUCGUCUACUGCUCGAAGUAUGUCGGUAGAUGACGAGAAUCAGAAAAUGGUCAGCAUCGCGGACUUUGAAGUUGACCCGGACAAGGUGACAAACUCAAGGCAGUUGUUGCAGAAUCAGGCGAAUCUCAUAAGACUGGUUCGAGAUGUUUGGAAGCGGAUUCAGACCACCAUUGCGUCUUUUCCUAAUGAAUUGCGAAUCACAUUUGCCGCUAUCCGAGAAGCUAUGAUGCCGAGGAGUACCUCAGAUGGAUUCAAAUCACCUCGAACCGAGUAUGGGGGUCUUUUCGAGCACGUGAUCUCUUCCUGUGUCUUUCUUCGUUUCGUCUGUCCUGCAAUUCUCUCACCCUCCCUAUUCGGACUGGCCGAUAAUUUUGCUGACAAUACUAAAGCGGUCAGAACUUUCACUUUGGUGGCAAAGACAAUUCUUAAUCUUGCCAAUUUCACCCUAUUCGGUGAUGUCAAGGAGCUGCACAUGGACUUCCUCAACCGUUUCGUCGCUGAGGAGAUGUCCAAAAUGCGGGCUUUGCUGUGGCGCCUCUCAGAGCCUCCACUCUGCGAGGAAGCUGUCAGUGGCGUCACAGAAUCCUCGGCUUCCAUGGACACGGCUACAACAUACUCGGCUAGACUUGUGGAUGUUCUUACUGUCCUCAAGCAGAACUCGAGGGAGGAUAUUGCCGUGGGAAAUGCUUGUACAACAACCGCCACCAAACUCUGCAUUGAUCCCCUUCCUGUGAAUAACUUCUGCAAUCGAUGUACAUCAAUCAUGCUGGAGGGUGAAUUUCCGUGUCCGGCUUCGCACCACGACUUGAUAGUGGCUUCAGGGCCACCAGUCUCUUCCAACAAUAAUGUCGAGAAUUCUCACGAGGAACUUUUGCGUCAUCAGUGGAUGACAGAGCUUCAAGAUCUCCAAUCGGACGUAUCAGGCUGCCAACAGGCUAUCUUCGGUAUACCUGGGCAGUUGAUGGCUUCUGGGCGCUCCAAAGAUCUGGAUCAACUCAACUUGGCUGCGUCCCUGGCCCACUGUCAUGCCCAACUUGAAGCCGCCUUUGCUAUGAUUCCUGAAGAGGCUAGUAUGAUUGCAGAGGUCGGUGGUGAUGUCGUUCCCAUCUUUACGUAUCUCAUUGCUGCGACCACUUACGGUUUUAUCGGUGUGAAACUGGAUCAGCCCUUACGAAGUCUUCGUUCAAUCCUAACAUCGCUCACCCACCUCACAACUCUUGAUGUGAAAGAUUGGCAUAGUCAAGAGGCUUCCAGCAUGGCUAAUCAAGACAGUCAGGAAAAUAUCUGCCAAGAGCUGGCCUCAAGUGUAUCAGCCCUCUCGUUAGUUCGAUCUAGUCCCCAAGAGGAGCGCUCCAGUGCUUCAACAAGAUGUAAAAUGGACAUCCCCAUUAUGGAGGAAGAUAAUGAUAGUUUGAAGACGCGAACUCCAGUGCUCUCUGCAAAGGCAAAAUCUACACAGCUGGUAGAACCCAAAGGAGGCGUCUAUCAUAGACGCGUUUAUGCUAAAGAACAAAGAGAGCCCAAUCAAAGACUUGGCAGCACCUUCAAUACAACUAGUGAACCGGGACCUCUUUGCAAUUCAGAAAGUGUAUCGAAGACAAUUGAGAAGGAUAGUCCCCAUUCUCCCGUUACAGAUUCUCACUUAACCACAACCAACGAGUCUUCUUGGAGUCUUCUUCAUGCAACUGCUCCAGCUCCAUCUCCCUUAACCUCAUCACACCCUAAUUCGAACACCACUCCAACGUUCUUCUCUGAUAGUUCAUGCACUUCGAUCAAUAUCCCUUCACCACCAGAAAGCAGCACUAAUAGCAGUGUUGGCGGUAGCGGACGUCCUUCACACCAUCCAGUCAUGGGAACGAGUCUCUAUACUUCAAGUCAGUCUGGCCAAUCAGCAUCCUCUAUUCAUCGAUCAUGUACUUUUCCCAAUAGCAGUGGUCCAGGGGUUCCUCGAACUAUCAUACCUUCAACGUAUAAUCCUAUUUUUGGGCACAUUUCUGGUAGGACCCAGGUCUCCGUGGAGACUCAAACCUCCCAAGAACAGAUAACAGAGUUGGACGAAUUUGUGCACAAUGUGGAUCGAAGAAAUUUUCGACGCAAUUCACAGCAGCAACGACAACGACACCUGUAUAUCAAUAUUUUAGAUGAUUUUGGGCCAGGAAAUUUGAAACUAUCAAGCUGA